AUGACUGCUUACGAUAGAUUAAACAGUGUCAACAAUGUAUUGGCGCCUCCUUCUUCGAGCUCUAUAGUCUCUCAAGAGGAUAUUCCUCAAAAGCCUUAUCGAACGACUGUUGUUGGAUCCGGUAAUUGGGGUUCUACAAUUGCCAAAGUUGUUGCGGAAAACUGCAUUGAAAGACCUCAAGAAUUCGACCAGACAGUUCGUAUGUGGGUUUACGAAGAGCUCAUCAAUGGUGAGAAGUUGACGGAAAUCAUCAAUACAAGACACGAAAACGUCAAGUAUCUUCCAGGAAUAAUGCUUCCUGCAAAUGUUAUGGCUGUGCCAAACAUUGUGGAUGCCUGUAGAGGUUCAGAUCUUAUUAUAUUCAAUAUUCCUCACCAGUUUUUGAGUAACAUUCUGAAGCAAUUGAAGGGUAAGAUUGAUCCUCGUACGAGGGCAAUUUCUUGUUUGAAAGGUUUGGAUGUAAACCGUGAUAGCUGCCAGUUAUUACCGGAUGUUAUUUUCCAUGAGUUGGGUAUCAACUGUGGAGCUCUUUCUGGCGCCAAUUUGGCCCCGGAAGUGGCUCAAUGCAAGUGGUCAGAAACGACUGUGGCCUACCGAAUUCCUGAUGACUUUCGUGGUAGGGGAGAAGACAUUGACAAGCAAGUUUUGAAGCAUUUGUUCCAUAGACCUUACUUCCACGUGCAUGUCAUUGAUGACGUCAGUGGUGUUUCACUUGCAGGCGCUCUAAAGAAUGUAGUGGCCAUGGCCGCAGGUUUUGUGGACGGUUUAGGAUGGGGGGAUAAUGCUAAAUCUGCCGUUAUGCGUCUUGGAUUGAGAGAAAUGAUUCAUUUUGCCAAUCUCUAUUUCCCGGAUUGUGAGGAAAGGACAUUUACAGAGGAGUCUGCGGGCGUUGCCGAUCUAAUUACAACCUGUUUUGGAGGACGUAAUGUUAGAGUUGGUAAAUAUAUGGCCAAGAACAAAGUUGCUGCUCAAGAGGCUGAAAGGGUUCUUCUAAAUGGUCAAUCAUGUCAGGGUAUUUUCACUACAAAGGAGGUUUACGAGUUUCUUUCGAAACGGGGGACAAUAGGAGAUUUCCCAUUAUUCCACGUGACAUAUGAUAUAAUAUACAAUGGCUUCCCUAUGGAAAAGUUACCCGAAAGGAUCGAGAGAAGCGAUGAGAGAUACUAA